AUGAUCCCAGCAGGAGGAAGAAGAUCAAAAAUAAGACCACCGAGGAAGUCGUUGAUCAGCUCCUCAACCUCUUCCGAAGAUCCUAUUACUGAUCCUGCCGACGAUUUCGCCAAAAAUUGGUCGAUUUUGCAGAAUGCAAUUACUCAAAUCCAAAGCAAGAAUGUGUCAAGUUUAUCCUACGAACAACUAUAUCGUAAAGCAUAUGUUUUGGUGUUGAGGAAAUUUGGCGGCCAGUUAUAUGACAAUGUCGCCGAUACAGUAAAGCAACAUUUGCUAGAACAAAGAUCUCGUUUAGCGAGCCUUAGGUCCAGUCCCGAGCAAUUUAUGCGUUUGCUAACUCAAGAAUGGGACGAGCAUUUGCAAAGCAUGAAGUUCAUUAGUGAUGUGUUGAUGUAUCUUAAUCGUGUGUAUGUAAAGGAGCACAAGAAGCUUUUGAUUUAUGACUUGGGGAUUCAAUUAUUCAAAGAGUAUGUGGUGCUGUACAAUGACAACGAAAUCGGUUCUCGAAUGAUACACAUUGUGCUUGAUGAAAUUAGCAAAAGCAGAACGGGAAUUGUGGUUACAUCGAGUAUGUACAUCACUAAGAUCAUAAACAUGAUGGAACUGUUGACAGAGAGUAAUUUGUCAUCUGAGAUACAGUAUGGUGACAAUUACUACCAAACCGUGUUUGAGCCAUUACUUUUGCAAAACUCAAACGACUUUUUUCUGAACUUAUCUAAAGAUUUCAUUGCAUUCAACCUGGGCUCCAAAUAUUUGCAUGCAACGUUCCAAUUCAUCAAUGAAGAGGAGAAACGUAUCAAGUUUUUAUUACCUCAGACUACACAUGCAAAGUUAACUGCCUUGAUGGACAGUGUUUUCAUAAAAGACAAGAUAGACAAAGUGAUACAACUGCAACAAGAAGGACUUGAUUAUUGGCUUCAACCAGUGAUGGCAAAUAUCACCAGGGAUUCCGGUUUUCAAGAUUCUAAUCACCGAACUGAGUUGAAAAUACUAUAUCAGCUUAUAGGUAGAAUUGAUGAUGAGUAUCAGCUUUUGAGGCUUAGAUUGAAGGAAGCAAUUGUCGCUCAAGGAAGUUCGAUUCCGGAUAUUAUUCGCUCAACGGUGGAGGUCGCAGGACCUGAAAAGAAGGGAGGUUCUUCGUCCCAAACGACAUUUGCGAUCAAAUGGGUGGAUGCGGUUCUACAAUAUAGAUCGUCCAUGCUCGAAAUUUGGCAAGAGUCAUUUGAUCAAAAUCUUGUCGUUGAACAGACUUUAACCUAUGCAAUGAGAGAUUUCAUCAACGGGACAAAAGGAAAAAAUUCAGCAACCUCAAUUAAUGCUCCCGAUCUACUAUCAAUCUACAUGGAUUACCAUAUAAAGCAAUUAAGCAAAGGCUCAACAGGGAAGGAGUUGUCAACUCAAUCCGGUGAUCAAACUGAAAUACUUAUGAACAAAUCUGUGCAGUUACUUCGAUUCAUUAAAGACAAGGACGCUUUUGAGGCUUACUACGCAAACCAUUUCGCCAAAAGGUUUUUAAAUGCAAAGGGUUCAACUAUUGGAGCUCUGAAGAGUGGCGAUAUCGAAGAAAUGCUUCUUUCCAAAUUGUGCGAAGAAUUGGGGUCUUCGUCUUUGGAUAAAGUUAUAAAAAUGAACAAGGAUAUUAAGAUUUCGCGAGACACCACUCGGGACUGGAAAAAUCAUUUGUCAAAGGUUGAACAGCUGCUGUCUUUGAUUGAACUAGACUUGAAGAUUUGUAACGUUUCAGUUUGGCCAAAUUCAUUAACAAAAGAUUACAAAAGUAGCAAACCAGAUGGCGAGGAGUUUGCUUUCAAAUGGCCAAGACAAUUGAGGGAAACAAUACGUGAGUUUGAAGAGUUUUGGCUCUCAGGAAAAAAGAACGAUAAUAAGUCACUCUAUUGGUCACCCAAGUUUGGAUCUAUUGAUUUGAAAAUCACUUAUCCAUCGAAAACAUACGAAAUUAAUUUGUCAGUGUACUCAGCAAUAAUCAUGCUACUAUUCGCACCAGGCCUGUCUUUGGAUGGAGAACCUAACCUGGCAUUUGAAGAGACAAAGGAGUAUUCUUACCGUGAUAUUGUCGAAUUAACAGGUAUACCCAGUCUAGAACUUAAGCGACACUUGCAGUCAAUAGCUGUUGCGCCGAAGCUGCGAUUGUUGAUCAAAAUACCAAUGAGCAAAGAUAUCAAAGAGGACGAUGUUUUCCGCUUGAAUGAUAAAUUUAAGUCACCUACCGUCAAAGUCAAGGUCCCAACUGUUUCCCUAGCAUCCUCAACUGCAAGCGGUAAGAACAAAAAAUCAAAAGAACAAGAAGAAACUGACGCUGUAAAUGCAAACAUUUCAGAAGGGAGAAGGAUUGAAAUCAAUGCCGCCAUAGUGAGGAUAUUGAAAUCUAGAAGAACUGUCAAGCAUAACGAGUUGAUUGAGGGUUUAGUCAAACAGUUGAGCAAUAGGUUUCAACCACUGGUGGUCCUGAUUAAGCAGCAGAUCGAGGAUCUUAUUGACAAGGAGUAUUUGGAGAGAGAUGCGAAUGACAGAAACGUAUAUCAUUAUAUAGCAUAG